AUACGUGGGGAACCUGUCAAGAGAUGUGACCGAAGCACUCAUCCUCCAGCUCUUCAGCCAGAUUGGACCAUGCAAAAACUGCAAAAUGAUAAUGGAUACAGCUGGAAAUGAUCCAUACUGUUUUGUGGAGUUCUAUGAGCACCGGCACGCGGCUGCAGCACUGGCUGCUAUGAAUGGCCGGAAGAUAAUGGGUAAGGAGGUUAAAGUCAACUGGGCGACGACCCCCAGCAGCCAGAAGAAAGAUACCAGCAGUAGUACCGUUGUCAGCACACAGCGUUCACAAGACCAUUUCCACGUCUUUGUCGGAGACCUCAGCCCAGAAAUUACAACCGAAGACAUAAAAGCAGCUUUUGCACCGUUUGGAAGAAUAUCAGAUGCACGUGUGGUUAAGGACAUGGCAACGGGAAAAUCUAAAGGAUAUGGCUUCGUGUCCUUCUUCAAUAAAUGGGACGCAGAGAAUGCGAUUCAGCAGAUGGGAGGUCAGUGGCUCGGUGGAAGGCAAAUCAGAACGAACUGGGCAACGAGAAAACCUCCGGCUCCAAAGACUACAUAUGAAUCAAACACCAAACAACUGUCUUACGACGACGUGGUCAAUCAGUCCAGCCCGAGCAACUGCACCGUGUACUGUGGAGGUGUCACCUCGGGCCUCACAGAGCAGCUGAUGCGUCAGACCUUUUCUCCCUUCGGGCAGAUCAUGGAAAUCCGAGUCUUCCCGGAUAAAGGCUACUCCUUUGUACGGUUUAAUUCUCACGAGAGCGCCGCGCAUGCGAUUGUGUCCGUCAAUGGAACGACUAUAGAAGGACAUGUAGUGAAGUGCUACUGGGGCAAGGAGACACCAGACAUGAUCAAUCCAGUCCAGCAGAACCAGGUGGGCUACCCGCCGGCGUACGGGCAUUUCCCCAACAGCCAGACACAGUCUUCAGCAGCGUGGAUGGGCGCUAACUACAGCGUGCAGCCACCGCAGGGGCAGAACGGGAGCGUGAUCACCAACCAAACGGGAUACCGUGUGGCAGGCUUUGAAACACCCUGA